AUGCUGCCUCAAAUCACUUUGGAGUCGCCUCUUGCGCAGGCAGUUGCAAAUGUCAUUCAGCCGAAAUUAGUGGAGAUGGGUUGGAGCGACGGCCAAGAAUCACCGUUGAUCGAAUACAUCGUCCUCAUGCUGGUCAACGGCAAGACCCAAGAACAAAUCGCCACCGAACUUUCCAACGACUUCCUCGGCCUUGAUGAAGGUGACACUGCAGCUCUUGAGUUCUCAAAAUGGCUUUUCACUCAAGUCGACAUACUCAAUCAACAAAUCAACGGUGCGGCCCCAGCUUCAACCGGUGCUCCCAUGAGCAACUUGAACCCGUCUGCGAUGGAAUUCGACAACUCUGGAAAUGCCAACGGCCAAGAUGCUGAGAUGGGUGACGCCGGAAACGACACAAUUCCCACCGGACCGAAAGCGAUGCGCAACAACAGAGGUGGCAAGGGAAGAAUGUUGAAUCAGAUCAACAGAAACUUGGAUCGUGGCUCGGACGCAACCCUGCAUCGCGUACGCGGACAAGGAAAUGGACGUAUUGGUCACAACAAUCGGGGUCAAAUGAGAGGUGCCGGACAUCAAAAUGGUCGCGGUGGCCGUGGAAUGGGCAUGCCAGGCAGCCCUAUGAUGCAGAUGUCUGCCGAGAACCAGAUGCAACUCAUGUCAAUGUUGGAAGAACAAGCCCGGAUGAUGUCUCAAUUCAUGCCUGGCUUCAUGCCACCGGCCGUCAACCCUGCUUUCCAAAAUGGUCAGAAUGGGUCCCAUCAAAACCGUUCUCUUUUCAACCGGGUCGAGCGAGGAGGCCAGCGUGGAGGAAAGCGUGGCUACAACAAGCCAAGAGACGGAGCAGAUGUUGAUAUGGACAGCACAAUGGGUGGUGCGCAAGACGAAAGCAACCCCAACAGUGUUUGUCGCUUCAAUCAACGAUGCACGCGCCAGGAUUGUCCGUUCGCCCACCAGUCACCCGCCGCUCCCGAAGGCACUUCAAUUGAUCCUUCUGAUACUUGCUCAUUCGGCGCCGCAUGCAAGAACAAGAAAUGCACUGGUCGUCACCCCUCGCCAGCAGUGCGAUCCGCCCACCAAGCAGAGGCUAUGUGCCGCUUCUUCCCUAACUGUACCAACCCAUCCUGUCACUUCAAGCACCCGAGCAUGCCAGUCUGCCGCAACGGAGCGGACUGCAAGACCGAGGGAUGCAAGUUUACACAUGUCGAGAUCGCCUGCAAGUUCAACCCCUGUCUGAACCCUAAGUGUUCCUACAAGCAUGUCGAGGGCCAACGUGGUGCUUUCACCGACAAGGUGUGGACUCCACACUCCGGAGAGCAUGUGAGCGAGCGCAAGUUUGUUGCAGAAGGAGAAGGACCCGAGUUGAUCAAGCCGGAGACCGAGGAGAACCCUCAGAGCCAUGAACUGACCGCGUGA